CGCCACAGUCUGCGGAGUCGCCUGCUGCGGUGCGGUACACACACAUUCGAAGUGCGAAGUGCAAGCAAAAGAUACGACUACGACUAAGAGUACGAGUUCCAGAUACAAGAUACGAGUCGUGACAAACAGAAAGAAACUAUAAGAGAAAUAAACAGCAAAUAUUUUUUGUUUUUGCUACGUUUGUGGUUUUGGCAGCGGCUUUUGUUUUUCGAUUUCGGUAUCGGAGUUUGAGUUUUUUUUCGGCUUGCCCCGCGGCUAAACUUGAAAUCGCAAAAAGCUGAUUCGGCAUUAAAGAAAGAUACAAGAUACAUAUGCAGAUGUGUGAGCAUUGCAGAUAAAGAUUAAAAACCCAAAGUGAAGUGUGCGACUACGCGGUGAACCGUCUCACAGCGGCGAGAUACUUUAUUUAUAUUGUCCUGGAUUAAAUAUAUCUAAAUCUAUCUCGAUGUUGUGCCAGCUUUAAGCUCUGACAAAAUCCUCUCUAGAGAUACUCACUCGAACUGCCAUUGAAAUCCGCUGCUAAAAUGCUGGAUAAACAGAGUUCCGUCUCGAUGUCCGGCUCCUGCUGCAGCUCGAAUGCAACGAACGCGGACCUGGACUACGAUGUGCCCGUCUCGCGGCGCAUCCACAUCAAAUCGAAACUUUAUGCCAAGGCCAUAUAUGAUAAUUAUGCAGACAGCCCCGACGAGCUGCCCUUCAAGAAGGGGGACAUCCUCACCGUCAUCGAACAGGACACGGAGGGCAUCCAGGGAUGGUGGCUCUGUGCGCUAAAGAACCGACAGGGUCUAUGCCCCGGCAACCGGUUACGCAUUUUGAACUCGUACGAUUCGGGCUGCUUCUCGCCAUCGCCGGCCAGCUCCCCGAUACCCUCGCUGGCAGCCAGCACCGCGACGCUAAACAGCUCCAUCUGCUCCGCGGAGAUCUAUGAGAAUGGGUCCAUCAUCAGUGCAGCUUCAUCGUCAGGUGGUGGGGUGACAAAUGGCCAAGGAACGACGAAUGGCCAGGAAUCGUCAACUGCCACGCAGGGACGUGGCGCGAGACGAUCGUGGCAUGUAUCACCGAACAAGGUAAUUACACCACAGAGACACGGUGAUGUCUACAUCUACAACUGCUCGCCUACGUCGUUGCCUGGAGCGGGCACAGGAGUUCGCACCUCACAGCAGCAGAUCUACAGCAACCAAAGCAUCUACCAGAACCUCUCCAUGAUGGCAGCAGCCCAGCAGCAGAAUCAGAACGGGAGCGGCAGUGGCAGCGAGUUCGAGACCUACGACAUACCCAAGCCUGCCACGCCCGUGCUGCUGAACUACGACAGCCCCAAGGGCGGACACCCGAGGACACCCACGUCCAUCUCCGGACUGGGAGCGCGCUUCGAGUCACUGAAAAGUGUGGUCGCCUCCAUUGAGGAGGAGUCGUACGAUGUGCCGCGACCGCUCAUCAGCAGCGGCCUGCUGCAGCAACAGAUGACGCCGAGCAGUUCGGCCUCCUCCCUGCUAACCAGCGACAGUCUGUCCCUCAGUUUCUCCAGCUCGAACCGCUCAUCGCUGGCCAACAUGCCCGACUACGAUAUCCCGCGCCGCAAUCCGCUGCCCGUGCGCCGCACACCCCUUCAGCCGAGCGGCCUGACCUACGACUUCCCUCUGCCGCCGCUGCAGGAGCAGGAGCAGCGCCUGACCAGCGCCCAGAGCAGCGGCAACAGCAGUCCGGCCGUCGUCAAGGAGCUGCCCUUGGAGCUGAGCUCCGCUCUAGAGACGCUGGCCAAGCUGCAGUCCCAGACCACGUCGGCCAUCACGCGUCUGCUUAGCUUCGUGGUGCCCAAUUGGCGCAUCCGCAGCCAGCUGGAACCGGCCAUAAUGGAGCUAAAGCUAGCGGCACUUCGCCUACGCACAGCCCUGCAUGAUCUGGCCGAAUUCGGAGAGGGAGCUCUGGGCAAUGCCACGCGCUCGGAGGAUCGCAAUCUGGCGUUGAAGCUGCGGCCGCUGGUCCGGGCCCUGCGGGAUGCCAACAAGCUGAUACACGACUCCAGUGAGGCCCUGGAUGCCCAGGGCGGAUGGUCCUUGGAUGUGCUGGCGCGGAGUGACGAGAAGCAUGGUUGCCGGCCGCCAGAUUCGCUUGAUCAGCUGAUGGCCUGCGCCCAGACCCUCACCGAGGACGUACGCUCCACCACCAGCUUCAUUCAGGGCAAUGCCUCGCUGCUCUUCAAGCGUCUGCUGCCCGCGGAACAGAACGGAGGAAGCGGAGGCAUUCCUGCAUCCAGCGAUGGCUGCAGCCGAGGCAGCGCCGAGUGGCUGGAGGACUACGAUUACGUGGCCUUCGAGUCCAAGGAUGCAGCGGCCAAGAAGAACCAAUCGCUGCGCGAGGCCAUUCCCGUUGGCCUGAAGACGCAGUUCGACACGGUGAUCCGCACUGCCGAGAGCACGGCCAUGGGAACGACGGGAGGAGUGAGUUCAGUGCCAACCACACCGACAGCGGCCACGCCCUGCAAGUCGCCAGAGAUGACAGACAAGGACAAGAAGCUGGUGCGCUACUAUGCCCAGCAGAUUUCCACGCACAUGGGCAAUCUGAUGCAGGCGAUCGACUCGUUCCUGGAGACUGUGGAGAAGAACCAGCCGCCCAAGUUCUUCAUUGCCUACGGCAAGUUCGUGGUGGUCAGUGCCCACAAUCUGGUUACCAUCGGCGACAACGUGCACCGCAAUAUUUCGAAGGAGGCGCUGCGCGAGAAGAUCCUACACUGCACCAAUGGCCUCUCCGAUGCCCUGAAGACGUGUGUUCUCAAGUCGAAGAAGGCGGCGGCCCACUUCCCCAGCGGCAGCGCAGUGCAGGAGAUGGUCGACUCGGUGGUGCACAUCAAUAGUUUGGCCAGGGAACUCAAGACGGUCAUGCUGCAGGCGGUGCAUCUGUCAACGGCCGCCGGAGUGGGAGCCUGAACAACAGGAUUGUCCCGCCAUCACGGCACAGUAUUACGAACUGGUGCAGCUUCACCCUGCCCGCUAAGGUCACAGAAUCAGUGUCUAGCGUUUGCGUAGACUUGCCCAGAGUCUUCCAGCCUGACAGCGCAAUGUUCCUUAACGCUUCGUUCCCCCUGCACAUCCAUCCAGAUGUACAUCUGAAAUUGGCAUAUCCACCCACAGCAGACAGAGGCGUCUGUCGCUUUUAUUUUGCAUUGUGAUAUUUUUGAGCAAAACAUCUGAAAAUGCACAGCACCCCCAGGAGUAGCAGCAGCAACAGCAGCAGCAUCAACCCUACGAUCGCACGAUCUCUCCGCAUAAAGUCGAUAAAAACUGCAAACUACGAUCCCAUUUUAGAUCCCCAUCGGAAAGUCAGUCGCUUCCUGUGUACAUAAUGUUUCGCCCAUUUAAGCUUAAGACUUUUGUAAAUGUCCAUCUUCCUAGCCCUAGCCCUAGCCGUAGCCCUAGGUGUAGCCGUUGCCCUAGAGCACGUCAUCCUCCCAGCAUCAGACCCGCUCAUAACCCCACGCCAUGCGCACAAACAAUGUUGUAUCAGUGAAGCAUUUCAGCGUAGAAUACUAUUAAUAUAAUAUACCGUAGGGAUAGUCGUAACCAUAUUAUAUACAUACAUACAGCAGCUAGGCAUGUAGGCAUAUACAAGAAAAAAGUACAUACAUAGUCAAAAUCUGAAAGAUUUACAUUCAUUUACAACAUUUUGCAUUUGCGCCAUGGCAGUUUAGUCAUCAAUAUACAAAAAAUAUACACAUUAGCAUUAACUAUCAUUUAAACUGUAUGAGAAAAUGUAACAAAUAUGAAUAAUAGCAUAUGGUAAGAGUGGAACGAGGGACGGUGUCCGGUCCAAGCUUAAACUAUGCAAAGGGAAUAUAAUAAUAUUAAAACAUAAAAA